GUUCAAACAUUUUAAUGACUGCCCUCCACAUCAGUCACCUCUUCCAGGACAUUUUCGACGGCUUGAUAAGGUGUGUUUUUGGUGAUGAUACUGUCAGCAUCAUGUGUGAUGUGUGCCUGUGGCCAGCCCCUCAUCAGCUAUGAGUAAACACUACGAAAGCAUUGAAAUGGACCUGGCAUUUGGAUCAGGCAAGUCCUACGGCUCCUCCAGAAGUAUUGUGAGGAGAAUAGCCAGCAAUCUUCCUCUUAAACCUUGUCCCAGGGUUCAUUUCCAGCUCCAUCCUUACACUGAGGAUACAGUUGUCCUUAGCAGAAAGAACAACUUCUCUGUGGCCUCACUCGCUGACGUCUCAUGGAUCGACCAGGAUGAGGAGGAGGAGGAAGAGGAGGAAGAAGAUGAAGACAACCUAGGCAAACCUCGGUCCGGACUGCCACCAACAGGACUCGCAUUCCGUGUCCGCCAGCCUCGUACUUGGCGAAAACCCUGCCUCACCAGGCAGCGCUCGCUACCAAGCCUACACGAGGGGGCCCCGAAUCCCCAGGGCCCCUCGGCUACCAAUGAUGAGGCCAUACAGAAGAUCAGCGCUCUGGAGACAGAACUCGCAAAGCUCCGAGCGCAGAUCGCGCAAAUCGUGCUGGCACAGGAGAAGAACGCGCAGUCGGGGACAACCACUCACCCGCCCCCUCCCCCCAGUGGCACUGGGCCACCUCCUCCUCCACCGCCGCCACCACCACCACCCCCUCCUCCACCGCCAUUGAAUCUCCAGCGCACGUUUUCCGCCAUCGACCUGAUCAAGGAGCGAAGAGGAAAGAAAACAGAAGGGCAGACGACAGUGCCGGAGUCCAGGACAGCGGAAAUCCCCAACAUGCUGGACGUCCUCAAAGACAUGAAGAAAGUCAAGCUGAGAUCCGUCAAAAGUCGUUCGGCAGAGUUGGACACCAAAGAGAAGCUCAAAGACCCUACAGACGCCGCUACGCUCAUCGCGGAAGCCCUCAAGCGAAAGUUCGCCCACCGUUACAGACAUGAUAGCGGCCGGGACGAACAGGACGCCUUCACUCUCCCCGACCAGGAAGCGAAACGUCCAGUUCAAACCCCUCUGUUUGGGCAGCACAUGCUGAGAUCAACUGGAAAGCGGACGUUUGUCUGAACGGAGUGUGAGUUAUAUUGUGGGAAGCACAAGGGAAUGAGGCUGCUCUAUCAUUCUAUUCAUGUCGUUGUGCACUUUUUAAGUUAUACUUUUAAAAUCUCAGUGUUCCUAGUUUUUUUGUUUUUUUUUGCAACACUAUUCUCAACUGUUAAGUUCAGUUGUUGAAGAGAGCACUUUCUCACUAGUGGUAAACUGUUAUGACUUAUUUAUGUUAAGACACCAAUAAGAAAUAGUUUGUAGGUGCUAGAUGUACCUGACCAGGAAUCAAUGCCAAACAUUCUCUUAUUAAUCCUUCUCCACAUACCUCUUUUUGUCUUGAACGUAAAGUACACUGACACAGUGAUGUGAAAGAAAAUGCUGAUAUCACAAUUUUAACUGUCAAACGCCAUUUUGAGCUUUGUUUGGUUGUUUAUGCACGUAAAAAAUGUGUGUGAGGCCAAUAUUACUUUUUUUUUUUAGCUUUUAUGAGGGAAAAGAAUGACGUCAGUAUCAUGUUAAUUGUUCAAGAUGUUGUCAUUUCUGAAAAAUAAUGUUCAAAUCAAAUAUUAAAUAAAAAUAUACCGCCAAA